AUGGAUUCCACGAAUCCUUCUCAAAAUUCCAAUUUCAUGGGCCUUUUGACUAGUCAACAUGAUCCUCUCCUUUCUGAUAGUAACGCUUACUAUCCCCAAGCCGUUGAACUUGGUUCAUCACAAGUCCCUCUCUAUUUUUCUGAAUCUCCUCAAGAUGUUUUGGUCAGUGACCCCAUCACUGGACAGUGUAAACAGAGGAAGAGGUGGAGUCCAGAAGAUGACAAACUGCUCACAAGCGCUUGGUUGAAUACAAGCAAAGAUCCUGUCACCGCGAAUGAGCAGCGAAUGGGCGGCACCUUCUGGGAACGCAUUUCCAACUACAUUGCUCUCCAUUGUAAGGCUUCUUCUGGUUUGGGUCCGACAGAACCAACUCACUGCAAGCAACACUGGCAUAAGCUCAACAGUGAAGUCAAUAAGUUAUGCGGAUCAUAUGAGGCUGCAACAAGAGGGAAAUCAAGUGGUCAGAGUGAAGAUGAUGUCCUUAAUGUGGCUCACGAGCUGUUCUUCAGCGACUACAAGAGCAAGUUCAAUCUAGACCACGCAUGA